CUCUGCUUGUUUACGUCCCUAACUUCCGGUAAAAUCCAUUUUGAGAAGGGUCCAAUUAGGUUAGUCCAAAUUUUAGCGGGAACAUCUCAUUGUCGGAGGUCUUGUAGCAAGAAAGACGAUGCCUGGGAAAACGAUACCCCCGAUCACGACAGAAAUCGUGGAAAAGUUGAAAGAGCUGGAGGAAGAAUUCCAAGAUGGUGAUCUUACAGAAAAGGGAUAUUGGAAAAAGAAAUGCAAGUUAUUUGAUGGCUAUCUGCCUGAGGAUGUCAGCAAAAUUAUUACAGGACUGGAAAAAGGACUGAAAGAGAACAUCAUUACAGAGGUCAGAGAGCAAGUUGACAAUUAACCAAUUUGUCACAAA